AUUUAACAAGAAGAAAUGUGUUUGUACAAGCACAUCGUGUUGCUAAUUAUUUUAGGCAUAACAAUUUCUGCCGAAGCAAUAAAUGGUCGACAAAAUGUGAUCUUAAUAAGUGACGUCAACCCUAAAAUUUCCAAGAUCGGUAGAAAAGUUCUUUCUGAGAUAAUUUACAAAUUACCUUUGGACCGUUUUCGAAUUAGUGCUUACAGUACAAAUGGAUACUCUCAACAAUUAUAUGAGUUUAGUUCUAGAAGUUGCUUGCUACAUAAGUUAUCUGUCUCCAAAACUAGAAAAAGACCAUUAAAUGAAACUUUCACAGAAAGCUUGGAAGAAAUUAUAGACUUUAAAAAUGAAUCUAGUAUUAUUGUAGUUGUUACUGAUAAAAAACUGACCACAUUAGAAAUUGAGCUUUUUACAAAUAUCCCUGCAAUGCUAGACAACCCGACCAAUGUUUAUGUUUUGCAAAUCGGAGACAAUAACAAAGAUUUUCAAAUUAAUGAUGUACAUUUUAUUCACGAAAAAUCCGUUGAUAAUAUUAUUUCUCGUCUACCAUUUUUGGAAGCAAAGCGUCAGAUAUGUGUAAUGAAUGUUAAUAACAAACCUUUAUUUGACGAAUGUCAGCGUCUUUGCGAUUGCAUCAAUGGCAGAUUAGUGAAUUGCAAACGUGUGCGUCGAGAGUUUUCUUCUAUGUCGUUGGACGAUAGACUUUUAUAUAUAAAUACCCUAAAAGAAUUUUCUACAAAUCCAAAGUAUGUUAAGUUAUACGAGGAGUAUAUUGACUACCACCAAAAAUUUUUUUGGUCGGGGCUUCAUGGUGCUGCACAAUUUUUUCCUUGGCACAGAAGUUACAUGUUAGUUUUUGAAAACUUUCUUCGAACUAUUGAUUGUCGUGUAACAAUUCCUGUUUGGAACUGGGCUUUAUUUUCAAAAGUGGUUUGGAAAACUACACCGAGUUAUCAUAUGUGGGACAAUCAUGGAGGCUUCGGAGGAAAUGGUGAAAAAACCGAAGCUUACUGUGUUAAAGAAGGAACAUUUGGUAGAAACAGUUGGAAUACGUCGCGUCGAGACGAUUGGAUAGGUGUUGGGAGAGAUACUUGUGUUGGGUUACAACAAAGUCCUGAAACAAAAGAUUGCAUUGAAACAACUUUUAAUCCAAAAUUCAGCAGAUGUCUGCGAAGGAGAUUCAAUAGAAGUGUUCCUUCCUAUAGUUUAGUUUUAGAGGUCAUAAAUAAUUUUGGCAUUGAAGAAUUUAAAAGGUUUGAAUCAAUUGUUCGUGACGAUUGGCAUAAUCAAUUACACAACAGUGUUGGCGGUCACAUGUUAACCACAUAUGCAUCAUAUUCACCUGAGUUUUGGUCCCACCAUGCAAUGCUAGAUGCGAUUUGGUAUGAAUGGCAAAUUAAAUGUAAAAAAUGCAUUCGUCAAGGAUUUUCUGGAACUAAAGAGCGUCUUAUAGGAUUUAACCCUGUUCGAUAUAGACACGAAUACGUUGAUCCUUUGAAUCUUGACAGCUGUGGAAUAAAAGUAAUUUAUGACCAAAUUUUUACGCGUACUUCAUUAGAGAAACCUCUAGAAAAAGAAACAGAAGUAAAAGAAACGUUAGCAGAUAAAAAUGAAAAUGAAAACGACCAAAAUGAUUUGUUUGAUGAUGAAGAAAAAGUUGGCAAAUGGUUUAAAGAGACGGCCCCAGUAGAAGACAGCAACAGUAACUUUUAAAAAAAAAAACAGUAUUUUUUAUUAAAUUAAUUUUAACCACGAA